CCACCCCGCCCCUUCGCCCGGCAGAUGGUUUGCGCCGCGGACACCCGAUAUAUAGCGCUGUCAAGGGGCGCAUCCCCCCCGCGCGCCCCCCCCGCGCCUCCGCGCCGGCACGGACUCUCCGCGGCGGGGCCGCCCCGCGCUGGGCCGACUCGCCGGCGCGCCUCGGCCGUCCGCCCCCUCCCGCCUGCCCCGCUGCCCGCCUCCCGGCCUCCCUCCCGGGACCAUGUCCACGGGCUCCGGGAGCGAGGCGGAGGAGCUGCCCGAGAUGGACCUGCGGGCGCUGCAGCUGGACUACCCGCCGCCGCCGGCCAAGCGCCAGCCCCGCGGCGAGCUCUACCCCUCGGGGGACAACUCUUCGGCGGCGGAGGAGGAGGAGGAGGAGGAAGAGGAGGAGGAGGAGGAGGACGGCGAGGGCAGCUGCGCGACGGGACCGGCGGGCAGCGGCUGCAAGAGGAAGCGGGCGCGGGGCGGCGGCCCCGGGGGCAAGAAGGCGGUGCCGGGGCCGCGGGGGCCGCCGCCCGAGGGCAAGCAGUCCCAGCGCAACGCGGCCAACGCGCGGGAGCGGGCGCGGAUGCGGGUGCUGAGCAAAGCGUUCUCCCGGCUGAAGACGAGCCUGCCCUGGGUGCCACCCGACACCAAGCUCUCCAAGCUGGACACGCUGCGCCUGGCGUCCAGCUACAUCGCCCACCUCCGGCAGCUCCUGCAGGAGGACCGCUACGAGAACGGCUACGUCCACCCCGUCAACCUGACUUGGCCAUUUGUGGUUUCAGGAAGACCUGACUCUGACACCAAAGAAGUUUCUACUGCCAGCAGAUUAUGUGGAACUACCGCAUAGUCAAAGUAAAUUGGGGUGGGUUUUUUUUAUGUUCUUGACUUUUUUUUUUUUAUGGGCUGGAUAUUUUUAAGAGCUGUGAUUUAUCAGCUUGAGACUAGAAGAUGGGGCAACCCCCCAUCUCCAACAGUGUUAAAUCCAUGUCCCCUGUCACUCUUUUCCCUUAGAGUUCUAAGGGCAGUUUAUUUAAAGCAGUAAAGAUGGGAGGCGGUUGAAGUUAAGAGGUUUUAUGAACUGACUGCAGCAGCUGAAGUCUGAGAUUUGGAUAGGCCCUUCUUUGGCUUCAUCAUUCUUACCACUGUCUGAGGGCCUGUUGUUCUGAGGCUUUUAACUAACGGAAGAGGGAUAUAAUGAUAUAGAAUUAACUGCAUGGACCAAAAUACAACUCUACAAACUAACCCCAAACAGUGUUAUUUGUAUUCUAAAGCAAAGCAGUAUUUUAGAGUAGCUUUGAAACUCAGAUAGAUUUAUAAUAUAUUUUGAUGGCUUUCAUAUUCAUGGAUCUGGUUUACUGCAACUAUGCAAUAAGUAUAGUCAUACUUUUUUUUUUUUGUCUUUUUAAUCAGGGUUUUCUUAAAAAAUGUGUAAAUGGCUACAUUCUGUAUUUAGGCUACUGUCCAUUAGAAUUAAACUAAUUCCUUUGGUUUUGCCUUGAAGUGCCACAUGUAAGAAUGUGGAACUGUCCCUAGAAAUGUGGCAGAGCUUCUGUGCCUUAACCUGGAAGGGAGUUCUGCUUACCAUAUGGCCAGGGUGCAUGUGCCGUAAGGAAUGAGUUUGUGUGAUGCUGCAAAAUAAUGAGAAUUCACAAUGUUUUAAACAUUUUUCCUGUACUGUCAUGCUUACUGUUGUCAAGUUUACCCUCAAAUGAGUUCUAGUGACAUUUCUUCACUGAUUCAAAUACUGUAAUAAAAGAAGAUGCCAUCAAAUAAGUUGCAAAUGUAAAUAACUCUAUUUUUUUAUAAAUUACAUUAAAAACUUGGUUACAAUUACUUACUGGUACUGUGACAGUGUGUGGCUCCAUCAGUAUAGAAACAUCUUUGUCAUACAUGUUCUUGAAACCUGCUUUUGUAAACAGUUAUCUUCCUCAUCUCUUGAAAGCAGAUGCAUCUCCAGACAGAGCCAGAUAAGAACACUUUCACCCCAGGUGAUUCAUGUGGAGUUCAGUACUGUAUCAAUCAGCAGGGGAAACCACAUUU